AUGUCGGAUCCAAGUGAUCUUGAAUUGGAUGACAGCGAUGAGAGUCAAGAUUUGUACAAUCUGGAUGAUUAUCUCAUGCAGGAAGACAUACUUGAAAAUGUUGCAGAUCAAAUCAUGGUUGAUGUACUUGAAGAUUUGGAUGCUUUAUAUGGUCAACAAAGAAGAUUCAUAUCAAGGAGAUAUGUUUAUAAGGCUCGUGAAGAAUCCAAACAACGGUUAAUUGAUGACUACUUUUCAGAGAAUCCAGUGUACAAUGAAACAAUAUUUCGUCGAAGGUUUAGGAUGAGGAGGCCUUUAUUCCUACGCAUAGUUGAUGCCCUUGGUGAGUGGUCUUCUUUUUUCACCUUGAGAUUUGAUGCUUUGAAUCGGCCUGGCUUAAUGCCUAUUCAAAAGUGCACGGCGGCUAUUCGUCAACUAGCAAAUGGCAGCCCUGCAGAUCAACUUGAUGAGUAUAUAAAAAUUGGAGAAAGUACGGCGGUAGAGUUCUUGAAGAUGUUUGUUGAGGGUGUGGUUGAAGUAUUUGGUGGUGAGUACUUACGGCGUCCCACAACAGAAGAUGUAGAGCGCUUGAUUCAACUUGGUGAACAUCGUGGGUUUCCUGGCAUGCUAUGGAGUAUUGACUGCAUGCACUGGCAUUGGGAGAAAUGUCCCUAUGCAUGGAAGGGGAUGUAUACUCGUGGUGACCAUGGUGUUCCAACUAUCAUUCUAGAGGCAGUUGCUUCACAUGAUCGUUGGAUAUGGCAUGCCUUCUUUGGUGUCGCUGGGUCCAACAAUGAUAUUAACGUUCUUAAUCAAUCUAAUUUGUUCACCGAGCAGCUAAGAGGAGAAGCUCCUAAGGUGCAAUAUAGUGUAAAUGGAAGGGAAUAUAGCCAAGGAUACUACCUAGCAGAUGGUAUAUACCCUGAGUGGCCUGUUUUUGUUAAGUCGAUACGCAAACCACAAUCUGAUAAACAUAAGUUGUUUGCACAACACCAAGAAGGGGCAAGAAAGGAUGUUGAAUGUGCAUUUGGAAUAUUGCAAUCUCGCUUUAGCAUUUUACGUCGACCAGCGCGUCUUUAUGAACAAGGUGAUCUCCAAAAUGUGAUGCUUGCAUGUAUCAUUCUUCACAAUAUGAUAAUUGAGGAUGAGAAGGGUAUGGAAGAGAUUCCUAUCAACUUGAAUGAGGAAGCAAGCACAUCAACUGUACAGCCAGCUACAAUCACGCAUGGAGCUAUCCCUGAGAUAGCACAAGUACUAGAAAGAAACGCUAUAAUUCAUGAUCGUUUUGCUUAUAAGCAACUUCAGUUAGACUUGAUUGAACAUAUUUGGAAUAAGUUUGGGAAUUCCAAUUAGAUGACUGCUUCUGGAGUUCUGUGUGGCACUUGGGAGGUGAAUUGCAUCACUGAAGUACAAGCACUGUGAUAGAUGAAUGGAUGAUUACUAUCUCUAUAUAUAUAUGCAUUCUCAUUACCCAGUGAGAGAGAAAAUGGAUGAUGGAAACCUGUUAUUUAUAUUUAUAUUUUGUAAUGCCUAUGAAUAUGGCUUAUUUUGUUACCUGGUACUUAUGAUUUUCCUAUUACUAUGAAUA